GGCGGCGGUGCUGGCGGCCUCCGGAGGCUCUAGUUCCCUUAGGGCGGCCCUCACCUCCGGCUUCCCCAGCAUGCGCGGGCUCCCGGGGAGCGGCCGCGGGGCCUAGGGAUGAUCUUCCCGGUUGGCCGCUGCGCGCUCCGGUGGCUGCAACGGCCCGGAGGCCGGCCCUUGUCCCGCGCCGCCAUGGAGGUGGCCUUCCGAGGCGUGCGGAAAAUCCUCUGUGUGGCCGAGAAAAACGACGCGGCCAAGGGGAUCGCCGACCUGCUGUCCAACGGUCGCAUGAGGCGGAGGGAUGGACUUUCUAAAUUCAACAAGAUCUAUGAAUUUGAUUAUCAUCUGUAUGGCCAGAGUGUUACCAUGAUAAUGACUUCAGUUUCUGGACAUUUGCUGGCUCAUGAUUUCCGGAUGCAGUUUCGCAAAUGGCAGAGCUGCAAUCCCCUUGUCCUCUUUGAAGCAGAAAUUGAAAAGUACUGCCCAGAGAAUUUUGUAGACAUCAAGAAAACUCUGGAACGAGAAACUCGACAGUGCCAGGCCCUGGUGAUCUGGACCGACUGUGAUAGAGAAGGUGAAAAUAUCGGGUUUGAGAUUAUCCAUGUAUGCAAGGCUGUGAAGCCCAAUCUGCAGGUGUUGAGAGCCCGCUUCUCUGAGAUCACUCCCCGAGCUGUCAGGAUGGCCUGUGAAAACCUGACCGAGCCUGAUCAGAGAGUGAGCGAUGCUGUGGACGUGAGGCAGGAGCUGGAUCUGAGGAUUGGAGCUGCCUUCACUAGGUUCCAGACCCUGAGGCUUCAAAAGAUUUUCCCCGAGGUGUUGGCAGAGCAGCUGAUCAGUUACGGCAGCUGCCAGUUCCCAACACUGGGGUUUGUGGUGGAGAGGUUCAAAGCCAUUCAGGCUUUUGUGCCAGAAAUCUUUCACAAAAUUAAAGUAACUCAUGACCACAAAGAUGGAAUUGUAGAAUUCAACUGGAAAAGGCAUCGUCUCUUUAACCACACAGCCUGUCUUGUCCUCUAUCAGCUGUGUAUGGAGGAUCCCAGGGCGACCGUGGUGGAGGUCAGGUCUAAGGCAAAGAGCAAGUGGAGGCCUCAAGCUUUGGACACUGUGGAGCUUGAAAAGCUGGCUUCUCGAAAGUUGAGAAUAAAUGCUAAAGAAACCAUGAGGAUUGCCGAAAAGCUCUACACUCAAGGGUACAUCAGCUAUCCACGAACUGAAACAAACAUUUUCCCCAAAGACUUAAACCUAACAGCGCUGGUGGAGCAGCAGACCGUGGAUCCACGCUGGGGGGCCUUUGCCCAGAACAUUCUAGAGCGGGGUGGCCCUACCCCACGCAACGGGAACAAGUCUGACCAAGCUCACCCUCCCAUCCACCCCACCAAAUACACGAGCAACUUGCAGGGAGAUGAACAGCGAAUAUAUGAGUUUAUCAUUCGCCAUUUCCUAGCUUGCUGCUCCCAGGAUGCUCAGGGGCAGGAGACCACCGUGGAGAUAGACAUCGCUCAGGAACGCUUCAUGGCCCACGGCCUCGUGAUUCUGGCCCGAAACUAUCUGGAUGUGUACCCAUAUGAUCACUGGAGUGACAAGACCCUCCCUGCCUAUGAGAGAGGCUGCCGCUUUCAGCCCAGCACUGUAGAGAUGGUGGAUGGGGAGACCAGUCCACCCCAGCUGCUCACUGAAGCCGACCUCAUUGCUCUCAUGGAAAAGCAUGGCAUUGGUACUGAUGCCACUCACGCGGAGCACAUCGAGACGAUCAAAGCCCGGAUGUAUGUCGGACUCACCCCAGACAAGCGGUUUCUCCCUGGGCACCUGGGCAUGGGACUUGUGGAAGGGUAUGACUCCAUGGGCUAUGAGAUGUCCAAGCCUGACCUCCGGGCUGAGCUGGAAGCCGAUCUGAAGCUGAUCUGUGAGGGGAAGAAGGACAAAUUUGUGGUUCUAAGGCAGCAGGUCCAGAAAUACAAGCAGGUUUUCAUUGAAGCAGUGGCUAAAGCUAAGAAAUUGGACGAGGCCUUGUCCCAGUACUUUGGGGAAGGGGCAGAGGUGCCCCAGCAAGAAGCCAUCUACCCGACCAUGCCAGAGCCCGUCAGGAAGUGUCCACAGUGCAACAAGGACAUGGUCCUCAAGACCAAGAAGAGCGGCGGGUUCUACCUCAGCUGCGUGGGUUUUCCAGAGUGUCGAUCGGCCAUGUGGUUCCCCGACUCUGUGCUGGAAGCCAGCAGGGAUGGGAGUGUCUGUCCAGUUUGUCAGCCACACCCUGUUUACAGGUUGAAGUUCAAGUUUAAACGUGGUAGCCUUCCCCCGACCAUGCCUCUGGAGUUUGUUGGCUGCAUCGGCGGAUGUGAUGAGACCCUGAGGGAGAUCUUAGACCUGAGAUUUUCACAGGGCCCCCCCAGAGCUUACCAGCCGGGCAACCAGCCCUCUGGCUACCUGCAGGCUAGCCAGUCCUUGAACAGAAUGGACAGUGGCCAGCAUAGCCACCCCCAGCCUCCUAACACCAGGCAGACCAGGCCCUCAAAGGCUCUGGCCCAGACUCUACCACCACCCACUGCCAAUGGUGAAAGCAACUCUGUGACCUGCAACUGUGGCCAGGAGGCGCUGCUGCUCACUGUCCGGAAGGAGGGUCCCAACCAGGGCCGGCAGUUCUAUAAAUGCAACAGUGGCAGUUGCAACUUCUUCCUGUGGGCCGACAGCAGCCAUCUAGGGGCAGGAGGGCCUUCUUCCUCUGCACUGAAACCCCCAGGCAGCUCGCUAGGACACCCACCAGGCUCCAGGAACCACCCGGGUAGGUUUGGCAGCCUUGGUGAUGACAGUGGUGGUGGCACGUCCUGCCUGUGCAGCCAGCCUGUCGUCACACGGACUGUGCAGAAGGAUGGGCCCAACAAGGGGCGCCAGUUCCACACAUGCGCCAAGCCAAGAGAGCAGCAGUGCGGCUUCUUUCAGUGGGUGGACGAGAACGCGGCCCCAGGGACUUUUGGAGCCCCACCCUGGCCAGGAGGCAGAGGAAGAACCCAGGGGCCUGAGGCCAGAAGCAAAAGAGCCCGAGCAAAUUCUUCAGACACCGGGUCCAUGACCAAGAAACCCCGGACGUGCAGCCUUUGCCAUCAGCCUGGCCACACCCGUCCCUCAUGUCCUCAGAACAGAUGAGAGCAGGGUAGGGUAGAGAGGGCCACUUCCUCUCCCCACCCCUUUUGUCUCGGAAACAAGUUGUUUUCACUAGGACCGGCUGGCCCUUCACUGCCCAGGAGGCUUUGAGGAUCAAAGUGGCGGCUUUUGGAGUCUGGCCUGCCCAUGUGAAGGGGUCAAGAUCCAGACUGCUCUCUCUAGAAGUCCACCUCUGUUGGACAGUGGCCCUUUGCGCAGGGCUCAGGAAUGAUCAUGCCACUGCUGAGAAGUCACGGGAGCUGCUCCCUGUGAUCCUGGAGGGAUUGUUGCUGUUAGCAUGGCAGAGAGGCUGGUAGCUAGACCA